GCCUGACGCGGCGGGGGCGGUCGCAGGCGGGGCCGGGCGGUGCGGGAGGAGCAGCGGGAGCAUGGCGGAGGCCGAGCAGGACGGCGUGUCCGGAGCGGCGGCGCCGCCGCGGUACCGGGGAGCGCUGCACCCCGACACGUGGGAGCAGGAGCUGGAGGCCAUCCCCAUGUUCAUGAAGCGCUGCCCGGCCGAGAUCGACGCGGCGCGGCAGCCCGAGCUCGCCUGCCUGCAGUCGCUGCUGUUCGACGAGGAGCGGAGCCCCGCAGAGCUGGCCAGGAUGUACAAGAACGAAGGGAACGAGUACUUCAAGGAGAAGGACUACGGGAGAGCGGCGGCCGCCUACUCGGAGGGGCUGCGGAGGCGCUGCGGGGACGCCGAGCUGGACGCGGUGCUGCUCACCAACCGGGCUGCUGCUCAUUUCCACUUGGGGAACUACCGUUCUGCUCUAAAUGAUGCCAUCCAAGCCAAAAAGCUGAAGCCCACCCAUCUCAAAGCCAUCAUAAGAGGAGCUCUCUGUCACAUGGAGCUAAGGAAUUUCGUGGAAGCAAUAGCAUGGUGUGAGGAGGGCUUGCAAAUAGACUCAAAAGAGAAAAAGCUUGUGGAAAUGAGAGCCAAAGCUGACAAAUUAAAGCGAACCCAGGAGCGGGAUGCCAGGAAAGCAAAGGUGAUGGAGAGAAAGGAGCAGUGUCAGAAGGAGAUUUUGCUUGCAGCAAUAAAGGAAAGAAAUAUCAAGCUGGUGCUUGAGCCUUCAGAUGAAGAAGAGGAAGUGUCAGAUGGCCUGGCUGAGAUCUCCUUGGAUGGGUUCCACUCUGACAGUGCCACGGGGGCAAAGGUGCACUUGGAUGCUGAUGGCAGCCUGAGCUGGCCUGUCCUCUUCCUGUACCCUGAGCACGAGCAGACAGAUUUCACUGUGGCUUUCCAUGAGAACUCCAGGUUUAUUGAUCAUUUAAUGAUGAUGUUUGCUGAGUUACCUCCUUGGGAUUUAGAAAAAAAAUACCUUCCCAACAAUCUUGAGCUCUAUUUUGAAGAUGAAGAGAGAGAAGAAAUGUAUGAGGUGAACCCAGAACACACAUUGCUACAAAUGCUGCAGCACAAAAGGUAUUUUGUGAAGGCCGGGACCCCGACAGUUUUGGUGUUUGCCAAGCGUUCUCCUUUCUCUAAGAAGUACUUCUCUGGCAAGAAAGUGCAUCGACUGUAAUGAGCAAGAAAGAAACAAGGAAUCCUGUGCAAGAGGCUGCUGUUUGUUAGCCCAGCUCCAGGCUGCAGACUGCUGCUUGAACAAAAAUACUUUGCACUCUUCAGGGGAGGAAAAUAAUCUUGGCACGCAGGGAAACUUCCAGGGGAGCAGCACAGGAGAAGGAAGGGCUAACAUGAGGGGAUUAUUUGUUUAAAAGGGAGCCCAGCUGGCUUGCAGAAGGUCUCCUCUAUGAUAGGCUGCAUGUGGUUUUGAAAUAAACCUGAAGCAGUGCCAAACA